AUGAGCUUUGGAAACCCGUUCAACAGUACUGCCGUCCCAUCGCUAGGCCACAACGGGUUUGAGGUCUCCUUGAGCUACAUUGCAGGCAUUCCCGAUGCGAACCUUGUGGCAGACCCGCAGUUGAAGAUUAUCUUCAAGAGUUUGGGCAAAAACAACGAAAAAACCAAGGAAAAAGCUCUUUCAGAUCUAGUCACCUUUGUCACGGACCUGACAAAGAUUCAUGCCUUCCUGGACGACCUCGUGCUUCUCACAUGGGUCCAGCUCUAUCCCAAGCUAGCCAUCGAUACCGCCAAAGCCGUGCGGUCUGGCGCCCACACGGUCCAGUCCAGAAUUGUGGCGACACUCGGAAAGCUUUAUGCAAAGUAUUUGAAGGAUACCGCGCCGGUGUGGCUCGCGGGAACGUACGAUACUGACCGCAUUGCCGCGCGUGAGACCGCGGAGUCGCUCCGCGCGGCGUUUGGCGGCGCGCAGGCUAAGGUCGACCGUCUCUGGACCGCAUUCCGCGCGCCGAUCGUCAACUUUGUCCGUCAGGUGGUGCAGUCGGAAUCCCGCGACACGUUAUCGGACGAACGGUACGUCAGCGCCGACGAAUCUGCCGCAAAGUAUGCGCGCGUCGCAGUCGCGGCCAUUAGCAUGUUCUCAAAGCUCCUCUCUGAACCCAUGGACGACUCGACUGAGUUUAUCCAAAUUCUACGCACCGAAAAUAUCUGGGAGAAUUUGUUGUGCGGCGACGACUUGGCCCUCAAGAAGGCGUGCUACGGGAUGAUCAGCGUCUUGGCUCAAUCCAGAAGCGACUUGCUCGAGCCAAAGGUGAUGAAACUAGUCUCCAAGAACUUGGUCAAGUCACUAAAGAUCAAGGCUGACAGGGGUAUGCAGGUGGGGUAUGCGCAGGUGGUGCUUCCGAUCUUCGCCGCGCUCAUCCAUAUGACAAAGCUCAGCAGCGGCUUCUGGACCGCCGCAAAGAAGCCGCGUGAGCGCCUCUUGGGCUUGAUGGAGCUUGGAAGCUGUGGCUCAGACCCCGCAUACUACGACUACCUCUUUACGCUUUUGUCGUCAGACUUACCAGAAGAGGUGUUGUCUUUCGCCGCAAAGGCGGAUGCCGAAGCAUACUUGGCGGUCGUGGUGAAGGUUUCCCAGGCAGAGAAGCUCGCUCUGUUCCAGGAACGCGCGUGGAUUUGUUUGAACAACUUGUUCCUUCGGUUUCACGCCAAGACUCCACUGGUGGAGACGAUGGUCCCGGUGUGGAUUCUGACCUUAGCUACCGCCAGUCCCAAGAAUAUCCUUAAAACUGCCAGUACGCUCAAUAGUUUAUCUGAGGAAGACUCUACCAGGGCUUUGGAUCCUAUCAGCGACUUGGUCACGUCCUGCUUGCCUAAUAAGACGUCCACUACCUAUAGUUCCGAUCCGGGUCAGGGCUCUGCUUCCGGCUCCAUAACCCUUUAUAGUGACAAGCUCUGCCCGGCCUACUUCCACCUCCUCCAGGCGAUGGCUAACCAACACUACUUGGAAGCCUUGCUCGCUUCUGCCGUGGAUAGCUUAGCAGAGUACGAAGAGGGAGAAUCUCCCACCGUAUCAUUCACCAUCGUCCGCUGCUUCCUCACCUCCAAGAUGAUGCAGUUUGCCUCUACCGUUCUCCAGCUCAUCAGUGACCUCCCCCAGCAUAUCGAAACGAACUUCUUUGAGGAACCAAUGGCGCUUUUGAUCGAUUACAACCCCUCAAACGCCUUCUACAACGAGGCCAUCCUCGUUGAAACCCUCAAUGAUGCAUUCCUGAAAAUUGUCAUGAUCAGCGAGGACACCCCCGCUGCUAUCUCGCCUCUUGCAAAGUUUCUCAAGUUCUUACCGCAGAUCUCGCGGAACAUUCCGGCCUUUGAGACAAAGUGCCCUGAAAUUUUCCAACACGUACACGCUUUGGCGGGGGACUACGACUUUGCCACCGCCAACCAUGACAUCUUCCAGAUUCUCAGCCCUGACGUGGUGCUCAACUUGUUUGACCAGGCAUGGGAGAGCGGUAACCAGAGUGUGUUUGUUGCAAACUUUCUCCAGGCGCAGCAGCACGGCUUGGUGCGCGACUUGGUGCAUGCGCGUGCGGCGCCGUUGCUCGCGUACUUGUGGGAGACGUUGGCCCAGCCGGACUCCUGCACGUUCUUGCGCUUGGUGGAAGCUGGGUUGGCUACUGACUCGGUUUUGGACGCCUAUGUCGCGUCUAUCCACGCGCUCAUUCUUAGCCCAGCCGCCGAUAUGGCAGCUGUUUCACAAAACUUGUACGGAAUGCUCGAGAGCCGCUUGUUUGCAAAGUUGGUUCCGAUGGAAAAGCUCGACGAGAUGGUUACACGCGCGAUUGGCGCCAUUCCCGACCCGAGCCUCGCGGUGGGUAACCCGUUAGAAAGCAACGUGUAUUUGGUACAAGGCGAUGGGGCGCUGUUUAGCCUUGCCGCGGCACUUGAACUCACCCGGUUGGCCCAGUUUAUCUUGAAUAUCACGUCUCAUGUGGACAUUCUGUCGCUUUUACCGGUGGGCGCGCACGCAGAGUUAAUGGUAAACUUGGGGCUUGCGGGCGAAGUUGCCGCGGACGCGACGUUUUUGACCCAAACAGAGGCCCCGGGGUGUCUCCAGGUGUCCUCUGCCGCGUAUGAGGUUUUAAAAGCCGUGGACUUGUCGUUAGAAGGCGUUGUUUCGGUGCUUGGAGGCGCUUCCCCCGAGGAUCUCGGCACCUCUAUAAUCUCUGCCUUAAGCGGGGACGAUCUCACCAACCUCAGCUUCUAUAAGUCGCGUGUGCUCCAGAAAUUGGUGCUGGCAAUGGUGGAAACGGAAUCAGCCGCGUCUUUCAACGCACUUAGUAUCCCGUUUCCAAAGUUGCUCGGAACUCCGCUCAAGCUAGCGGCGGUUGUGCUUGGAUUGAAGAAGUUUUUGACUCUGCCAAAGUUUGACAGAACCAGAAACGCCGUCGCAGCCGAACUUAUUGGCCUUCCACUGUCGCAGGUCAUGUUAUCGGGCUUGCAGAAUGUGACAUUGCUCAACAACUUCGUGGUGGUUGACGACCGCGAGGGAUUCGUGCCGUUACCUCCGCAACGCUUCAACAUGAUCGUCACCGCCGUUGCGGGCUGGCUCGAAUCGGAAAUCGCGUACGACCCCGAGUUCGGCGCUAUGCGCAGCCAGUUGUGCAACUUCUUCACCAACUACGUUUCCUUGGAUGUUGGAAUCGACACCCGGGUUUGGGAAAUGUGCACGCAGUUGUGUCGUGAUACGUUGGGCGUCGCUGCGACGGAGGCGGCUCCAGACAUGGAGUACCACGCGUUGAAGUUGUUUCUCACAUUACACAAGCACUCAGACGAGAUUGACGUCUGGGCAGACGAGAAGGACGGGUUGUACGAAGAGCUUAUCGAAGUGAUUCUUACCCACACCUCCCGUCUUGUCUCCCAGCCGCUGCUUUUGUGCCAGGAGUUGUUGAUCCGCAUCUUCGAUAAGAUGCCGACAAAGGCAUCGCGCAAGCACUACGGUGAGUUCUUGACCGUUCUUGAGACUGCCCGGUCGGUGGAUCUCCAAAGAGUCGCAGCGGACCUUUUGCAUAAAGCGGUUUUGGUGCAACAGCAGGAGUUUGUGAUAGAGUACGAGCUCCAAAGCUCAUCCGUGAGAGAGGGCUCCCCUGACUCAGAUCCUGGUCUCAAGGCGCUGUUACCGUCGGAACUCAUAGCCAUAAUCACCGAGCCGCCGCUGGAAUACGUGGAGCACGCGGAGCCAUGCACGUUCUCCAGAUACGUCUGGAGCUGGCUCUUGGUCUUUGACCACUUCAAGAACAUCACGUAUAAAAUCAGACAGCAAUACAUCGUGGAGUUAAAGGCGCGGGACUUGAUUUCCGGGUUGCUCGACUUCAUCUUCCAGCAGGUGGACAUCGUGGCAGACGUUGCCUUUGUCAAGUCAUUGACCCCGGAGAACAUCCGCUCCUACCAUGUCAUUAACUACGGUGCGUUUGAGAGCACCAUAGACGAGUUUAGACACUUGUUGGUUCAUUUCUACUACCUCGUAUGCAAGUACCUCGGCGCCCACGCACAGACGUGGUUCCUCAACAUCCGUGACAGACAGCUCAAGGCCAGCAUCGAAAAGUUCUCCAUCAGGUACGUUUCUUCCUCCAUUGUGACCGAGGAAUUGGCCAAGGCAGAGGAGCUGUUGACAGGAAACAACAAGAAGUUUUCCGAUGAAAACUUGACCAUCAAGGUUAACAAAAUUACGAAUGAAAUCAGGUCGGUUUACUUGAUCGACGAGCAAACAAUGGAGAUGGUGAUCCGUAUCCCUGCCUCCUUCCCGUUGGUUAACGUCACGGUGGAGGGUCCCCAGAGGCUCGGAGUCAAGGAGACCCAGUGGAAGGCAUGGUUGUUGGCGUCACAGCUCGUGAUCACGUCUCAGAACGGUACGAUUCUCGAGUCGAUCGAGUUGUUUAACCGAAACGUCACCUACCACUUCUCCGGGUUUGAAGAGUGUGCCAUCUGCUAUUCUAUUCUCCACCAGGACCACUCUUUGCCGUCGCGGAACUGCCAGACCUGUUCCAACAAGUUCCACUCUGCCUGUCUCUACAAGUGGUUCAAGAGCUCAGGGAGCAGUACCUGUCCGCUCUGUCGUGCAACUUUCAACUUCAGGGUUCAUAAGUAG